AAAUUACAGUAGAAAUCAAGUAUUCGGAACUAUGUAAUCGUUUUUAUUUACAGAAUCAGAUACGGACUUUCAAACCAACAAAUAUGUCGUCUAAGACACAAUUAUUUGUCGCUGGCUUUGUCGGCGCGAUUACUCUUAUUGCCAUGUAUCAGGCAUUUGAGAUGCUUGAGCCUCCUGGAUUCAACUUGAUGUUAGACCGCUCAGUUAUACCAGAUCCUUCACCACUUGAAGGGGAAGCUUUAGCUCUUCUAAAGGCAGCAAUGGUCAUGAAAACGAAAGGCAAGAGAGAAAAGGCAUUAAAACUUUUCCAACAAGCUUCUGGUUUAGCUCCACACAAUCCAGAUAUAUUACUUCAAUAUGGAGAGUUUUUAGAAAGUCAUGACAUUGUCAAGGCAGAGCAUCUUUACAACAGGGCUUUAUCAUUCAAUCCAAGUGACUCCAGAGCACUUACUAAUAGACAAAGAGUUUUGCCGAAAGUAAAACAAAUUGAUAAAGACAUGCUCAGUAUUAUAGAUGAAAAAAGACGAAAACUCUUCAGUUUAGCUACUGGUAGUUUAACACUGAUGAAUCGGGCUGUUAGGGAAGUAUGUUAUCAAAAGAUUUAUGCUCCUGGAGGAAUCGAAAGUAAAUGUGAAAAAAAUUCCAUGGCGCUCUCCACGACACGUGCUAUUAAAGGGACACGCGUGGAUGUUGUAGGGAAUAGUGUGGAGCAUAGCAAAGCUGAAGGACUUGACGAAGCAAUAAAGUAUAUCAACAAUACCUUAUUGCAAGAAUCAGAGAGCAUAUCAGUCCAUAAUAUUUUGCAAAUUCAUAAAAGAGUGCUUAGGCAUACAAACCCCCUUGAAGCCGGUAUCUAUAGGGUAUCACAAGUUUACGCUGGUGAGCUUGUCCCUCCACCACCUUCAAAAGUUCAAAGGCAUAUGUCACAGUUUAAUGAAUGGCUUCUUUCAAGAGACCCUGAGAUGUUGCAUCCAAUCGAGUUUGCAGCCAUUGCUCAUCAUAGACUUGUCUACAUUCAUCCGUUCAUUGAUGGAAACGGUCGGACAGCUAGGUUACUCACGAACGCUAUAUUAAUGCGGGCUGGGUUUCCGCCUGUGUUAAUGAUGUGCGAAGAUCGACGUCUGUAUACGAAACAUAUAAAUCAAGCCCAUCAUGGUGAUAUAAGGCCAUUUAUACGGUUUGUUGCAACUGUUACUGAGAGAACUAUCGAUCUUCUUAUAAGUAUGCUCUUAGCUCAAAACAUUAAGAUUACAGCGCCGUAGCCAGAGUAAAAUGUUAACCGAGGCACUUUACGCGACCGGCGGAAGCAGUCGUAUCUAGGGGGUUCGCGGGCAUGCUUCCCCGAAACAUUUUGGAAUUCAUAUACUCGGAAACGUGAUUUCCAUCGUUUUGCCAAGCAUAUUGUGACCUUUUCAUCUUACACCAUUGAUCGAGCUUUUUUAUUUUGGAUACGAAUUAAAGAAAACUGGCCUCGCUUGCAUGAUCGUAGCUAACCGCGCUGGAUCCAUGUUGAUGUUUACUGAUGUCAUUGAGCUAGUCGCAACGACGUCAAAACUAUAGACGGAGACAGGAGUCUUUGCGGCUAAUGUCACUGAUUUGCAACAAAAAGGAAAAAAGUUUAGCGAAUAAUGUAGUUUAGGAAAAGUACUUUUUUUCUGUUUGUUUGUUUAUUCUUAAUAAAGUGAUUUGAAAACCAAA